AUGGAAGUGAGCCGCGCAGCCAUACGUGGCAUCAGGGAGAGCCUGAGCACGGUGCAGGGAAGCCUGCUUCGGCUGGAGGUGGUGGUGCUCCUGAGCGCGCUGAUCCUCGCCGUCCUGGUGCUCUAUGGCUCGGCGAACCGCCGGAGCAGCGACAAGCUGCUCCGCGGCGCCAUGUGGAUGGCCUACUCCAUGUCCUACGUCGUGGUCUCCUACGCCGUCGGGAUCAUCCAGGACGGGCCCUUCCGUGGCGAGGCGUUCGUGCUCUGGGCGGCCGCGCUGCUCCUCAUCCAGGCGAGCGCCUACUCGGCGCCCGUGCACAGCCGCCGCGACGUCGACCAGCGCAAGAAGCUGCUGCUGCAGCACGUCCUCCAGACGGGCCUCGUGCUCUGGCUCAUCGCCAACGCCACCGGCCGCAACGCCAGCUACCGGGCCGCCAUCUGGGCGUUCUGGGCGCUCAACGUGCUCAAGACGGCCGCCAAGAUCGCCGAGAUGAUCGAGACCAGCCGCCCCGACAUGUCCGUCAAGGUCGUCGCCGACUACAUGGCCGUCGAAGAGGACUCCACCUCCGGCGACGAUCAGCCGCCUGACCCCGCCACCAUGCGAGGGUACAGGUACAUCUUCCACGGCGAGGAGGUCAUGGAGCCCGUCGUCCACGACGGCGUCCGCCACGCCCGGGAUAACAUGCUCUCCCAGAGCACCGACAUGUCGGUCGUCACGAUCGACCAGGUGUACCGGUGGAUCGAUGAGCAGCCGUACAGCGAUUUCGAGAAGGACAGGGCCAGGGACUUCUGCCUCGCGUUCGCCCUGUUCAAGCUGCUGAAGCGGCGGUUCUACGGGUACGUUCCCGCGGAGGCCGGCUCCGACAAGGCGCGCGACCUUGUCCUGAUCGGGCUCAUCCACGCCGGCGCCACCGGCCCCGACGCCGCGUUCCGCGUCGUCGAGGCGGAGCUCGCCUUCCUCUACGACUUCUUCUACACCCGGAACAUCGUGCUGUUGGGGGCCAGGACGUACAUCUGCGUCGCCGUCGCCGUGGCGGGGCUGACCAUGUGGACGGCCUUCUUCGGCACGCUGGGCCCCGGCUACCACCGCCCCCACCUCGGCGUGCGCGACCUCGACCGCGCCGUCACGGUGCUCGUCGUCGUGAUCACCGCGGGGCUCGAGGUGUUCCAGGCGGUGGCCGGCUUCUCCUCCAACUGGAGGUACGUCAAGACGGUGUACCGGUGCGUGCGCGACGGCCGGCCGUGGUCGAAGCGGCGGCGGAGCCACCUCUGGUGGAAGGAGAGCAUCACGCCGCCGACGACCCGGUACUGGGAGGAGAAGGCCGGCCAGUACGUGCUCCUGAAGCGGUUCCGCCACCGGCCAUGGAACCUGCUCUCGUGGCUGACGCUCUACCUGGUGGAGCCGCGGCGGCAGGGCCAGAAGCGGGGCCGGAGGAAGCCGCUGCCGCCCGAGGUGAGGCGAGCCGUGCUCCUCUCGCUGAAGCAUAGCCACUGCCAGCUCAGCAACGGCGUCAGGGCCCUGCGGAAGCAUCAUCUGCUGCCGCGCCUGGCGUGGGCGUGCAGGCUCCCCAGGCUCACCGACCAGAUCCUGGCGUGGCACGUCGUGACCACGGCCUGCGAGUGGUAUUACGACGGCGGCCGCCCGGCUGGCCGGGCCACCGCCGGCGACGAGCAUCACAGGCUCACCGCGACGAUGCUGUCCAACUACUGCGCCUACCUGGUGGCUUUCGUGCCGGAGAUGCUGCCCGACCCGAGCAACAACGCCGAGCAGAUCUUCGACUCGGCGGUGCAGCAGGCGGGGGACCACUUCGACGGCUGCACGACGGCGAGCGACAUACUGCACAGGCUCGAGCAGAUCGAGGCGGCAGAGCUGCCGUGCGUGCAGGAGGGCGGCACGUACGAGAGUGCAGGGAGCGCCACCGUGAUCGAGCGGGCGGCGGUGCUGUGGGGGCAGCUCAAGUGGGCCGUGCCCUCCGACGCGCGGCGGUGGGAGGUGCUGGCGGAGUUCUGGACGGAGUUCCUGCUGUUCCUCGCGCCGUCGGACAACGUGGACAUCCACGCCGAGAUGCUCGGCGCGGGCGGCGAGUUCAUGACGCAGCUCUGGGCGCUGCUGUCUCACGCUGGCGUCCUGGAGCGACCGCCGGUCAUGCAUCGGCAGGAUGGGCUGAGUGGCAUGCUUGAUUUCCCGGGUCAGCGAUACUGA